AUGAGGUCGUUGGCGCCGCACCCGCUGCAGCCCUGCUGCUUUCGGCGCCGCGCCGACGCGCAGCCGCAGCCGCUGGAGCCGCCAUCCUGCCAGCCCGCCUGCGCCUGCGCGGCGGCGGCGGCCAGGUCUGGCAGGCUGACGGCCAGGCGGACCGCCGUCGCCGGCGUGGCCGAUCUGCAGGUGUGGGCAGGCGGCAAGCCGGGGGGGCCUUCCGUGCUGCAGUUGCUGGAGCGGUUCGAGAGGUGCGAUAAGGAGCUGGCGCGGCUGCAGCACCAGGUGGACCUCAAGGCGGAGCGGCUGCGGCGGGAGGUGGGGGCUGAGGAGGGGGCCUACCGGGGGCAGGUGGCGGGGCUAGAAGCGCAGUGGGGCGAGGCCCGCGGCGCCUUUGCAGACCUGGAGGGCCGCAUGAACCGCGUCACGCAGGCGGCCGCCAAGAUCGGCAACCGACUGCAGAAUGCCGACCUGUACCGCCGGCGGGCGCUGGACGCCGUGGAGGCCAUCAACCGGCUGCAGGAGUUUGCCCACGCGCGCGACCCCUCCCACCUGUCCCCCCUCUUCCACGACGAUGCGCGCCUGGCGGAGGCGGUGGCCAUGACUGGCAAGCUGCUGGCGGUGUCUCAGGAGCUGAUCAGCUCAAGGGAGCGGGUGGGGCUGGCGGGGCCGAGGCCGCGAGCCAACGUGGCGCCGGAAGUGGGCACGAUAGAGAAUGCUGUGGAGCAGCUGGAGCUGUACCGCAACCUGCUGGACAACAGGGUGGUGUCCCGCUUUGAUGCGGCGCUGGCGCGCCACGACCUGCCCGCCAUGGCAGACUGCGCGCGCACCAUGGCGGAGUUCAGGCGCGGCGAGUCUCUGCUGGUGCAGCGCUACAUCUCCACCCGCCCCAUGUUCACCAGCCUGCGGGAGCUGCAGUUUGCGGCGGCGCAGCAGCAGGCGCAGGCGGCGGCGGCGGCGGCGGCGGCCGCGGGCGGGCUGGCCGCGGUGCAGGCGGCGGCGGAGGAGGGCGGCGAGGCGGCGGCCGCCGACCUGGCUUCCCUCCGCUCCCUCAGCAGCUUCUACAAGAGCAUCCUGGCUGCCAUGCGGGACGAGGCGGUGGUGAUAGAGCAGGUGUUCCCCUCCCCGUACCGCGCCCUGGGGCAGUACAUCCAGCGCGUGUUUGAGCAGAAGGUGCAGACGGCGGUGGAUGCGGUGCUGCAGCCGCCACCGGCGGGGGCGGGAGCGGGCGUGCUGCGCGCCAAGCUGCGCCUCAUGGCGGAGGUGUACCGCAAGACCCGGGCGCUGGCUGACGACCUGCAGGGCGUGUGCGCCGACGCGCUGGCCGCCUACCUGCCCAUGGAGCAGCGCUGGCUGCGCGCGCUGCACGAGGCGCGGCUGGCGGCGCACCGCGGCGGCGGGCGGGGGCUGUGCAUGGAGGAUGUGCUGGGGCUGCUGGCCAUGAACGAGGAGGCCGUCGGCCGCUGCGCGCUGCUCAGCCCGCCCGCCCAGCUGGCGCCCUCUGUGCGCUGCCUGUUCCACUGCCCCCCGCGCGCCCAGGGCGCCACCGGGUGCCUACUGGAGCAGGUGGCGGCGCAUGUGCUGCUGGGGCUGGGCCUGGCGGCGGACGCGUGCGCCAGGGCGCUGCAGGGGCCCUUCAGGCCGCAGGAGCUGCUGGGCCAGGAGCGGGCGGCGGCGGCGGCGGCGGCAGCCAAGGCGGGGCCCGCUGCCGCGGGGGCCAGUUCGGGCGCCACGGCCGCGCCCUCGGCGCAGCCGGCAGGCCAGCAGCAGCAGCAGGGGCAGGGUCCGGGGCUGCCCGCCGUCCCGCCGUCCCGCCAGGACCUGCAGCGGGCGGCGGCGCUGGGCGUGGGCGGCAGCCUGGGCGCCCUGCUGCAGGCUGUGUCCACUGCGGGGGCCAUGGUCAGCCUGGUGCAGCAGCACUACGAGCGGGUGGUGCAGCCGCAUCUGGCGGGCAGCGGCGGCGAGGCGCGGGCGUGCGUGGCGGGGCUGGCGGCGCUGGUGCGAGCGGUGGAGGAGCGGCUGAGGCAGGACUUCCGGACUGCCAGGGUGGGCGAGGCGGGCGCCAGCCUGGCAGCGCUGUUCGCAGCAGAGUAG